GUGUGUGUGUGGUUGCCCACAGUGGUGUGCUGCAGUCCGCUCCCCGCCGUAGUUGAGUAAACUACAUGGACAUUAGCGGGCGCAACGGCACAACCACCGGAGCCAGAGUGGAUUAAAGCAGCGUGCGUGAGAGGAAAGCCACUCGACAAACGACUGUGUAACCAAGUGAGAAACCCUGGCGUGUAAUAGCAAGUCCGUCACACCAGUUUGCAGCUGCGAAACAGCAAAGGAAAGCCUCUUGGUGAACUCAGUUAGUGCCGUGUAUUGUGUGCCAGGCAGGGAGAGCUCGGCGGGAAUGGCUUCAUCUCCGUGCGGCAACAGUAACUUUGAUUCCGGCCUGGAAAUCAAAACUCGCUCGGUGGAGCAGACGCUUAUUCCUUUAGUAUCGCAGAUCACCACUCUGAUCAACCAUAAAGACAAGCCAAAGAAGUCCGAGCGCACCCUGGCAGCCAUACACAGGGUGGGCCAGGCGGUGAGCGUGGCAGUGGGACGUUUCGUUGCCGUCGGGGAAGCCAUCGCCACAGAGAACCAGGAGCUGAAGGAUGAGAUGGGUCAAGCCUGCUUCGAGGCACGCAGAGCAGGUGAUGCCAUAGCCCAGCUGACAGAUGUGGGAUCAGCCUUGCCGUCCCAGACAGACGGACGUGUCACUGUGUUCAGCGAUAGGACAGGGAUGGUGAAGGCUGCACGCUUGCUCCUCUCUUCAGUCACUAAAGUCCUGGUCCUAGCUGACCGCAUUGUCAUCAAACAGAUAAUCACGUCACGGAACAAGGUCCUGGUUACCCUCGACCAUCUGGAAAGAGUCAGCACCUUCCAGGAAUUUGUACAGAUUUUCAGCCAGUUUGGCAAUGAGAUGGUGGAGUUUGCCCACCUCACAGGAGACAGACAGAACGACUUGAAGGAUGAGAAGAAGAAAGCACGGAUGGCAGCAGCCAGAGCGGUGCUGGAGAAAUGCACCAUGAUGCUCCUCACAGCCUCCAAGACUUGCCUUAGGCAUCCAGAUUGCGAGUCGGCACGAAUCAACAAAGACGCCGUUUUCCACCGAAUGCGCUGUGCCCUGGAGCAGGUCAUCGAGAUAGUCACUGAGGCACGGAGCUGCGGGGAGAACAAGAUUCUUCCUGCCAGCAUCUACAACGGCAUCAAGGACUUCAAGUCCGGCGUGGAGUGCCUGCGGGAGAACCUGUACUCCAUGUCACCCGAGAGCGUGGACAGCCAGCUGGAAGCGCUGGUGGAGCGGACAGAGGACUUCACUGACUCGGCCUACACCAGCCACGAGCAGCGGCAGGCCAUCCUAAGUUUGUGCCAGCUGGUGCGCCAGGACACCCAGCAGCUGAUGCACGCCUGGAUUGAGGCGCAGUCCGUCCACGCCAAAGAGGCCACAGAGGACAUGGAGGUGGCCAUCCUGAAGACAUGCCAGAGCGUCAGUGACCUCAGACGUGAGCUCCAUAAGGUGGCAGUUGGUCGUGCCUCAGACCUGCUGAAAGUUCACGGAGAGCAGUUGCCUCUGCGGGCUCUCAAAGCUGCAGGCGCCGAGGGAAACCUGGAGGCAGUGGCGGAGCAUUCGCGCACGCUCACCGAGCAGAAGGAGCAGCUGGUGGAGACCUGUCGGCUGUUGUGCCAUGUGUCGGGGACAGAGCCUCUGGAGAUUACCUGUAUACACGCCGAGGAGACCUUCCAUGUCAUUGGUCCACAGAUCAUCUCGGCAGCACAGACGCUGGCCCUCCACCCGUCCAGUAAGAUUGCUAAGGAGAACCUGGAGGUGUUCUGCGAGGCCUGGGAGUCGCAGCUCUGUGACAUGGCCCUGCUGCUGCGAGAGAUCAAUGACAUCUUUGAAGGCAGGCGAGGAGACAAAAGAUCUUAUUUGUCACUUCCCAGACCCGGGAAACACUCGACUAAUUUGAAGACUGCCAAGGCUGUCAAGUUGGAUGCAGAGGAGCAGACAAGCAUGGCCAAGCUGGGCCUGGAGCUCCGUCUGCUAUCAUCAGACGUGGACACAGAGGUGGAGAAGUGGGAGGAGCAAGAACAUGAUAUUGUUCGACAGAGCCAGAGUCUGGCCAGUAUGACCUACAACAUGUACCUGUUCACCAGAGGGGAGGGGCUGCUGAAAACAACACUAGAUCUUUUUCAUCAAGCUGAGGUUCUAUCUGAAGAGGGGCUCCAGCUGUGCUCAUCUCUACGCACCUUUUCCACUCAGCUGGUUGAUGAGGAAAAGUCUGUGGUGAUGACAGAGAUGGAGAAAUUGGUGGCAUUAUGCCAACAGCUGCAGACGGGGGCCAAGACUCCUGUACAGGGCAAGACUGCCACCUUCCAGAAGGUGGACUCGUCCAUUCAGACAACUAGAGGCAUCUUGACUGUGGUCCUCUCCCUCCUCCCAUUCUGUAACAAGCUCAACAAAAAGUACAAGUCAGAGAGGAGUAGUUUGGGUUCCCCACAUGACUGGAGAGAGAGGCAGGAUGCUUCCACACCUGUCAAAGAUGAGGGAGCUCUCAACAGCAAGAACAGCAACGGCUUCGGUGUCAAAUCCUUGGAGCAGCACAUGGCCGGUCUCAACCUACUGGAGAGCAAAUAAUCCAGGAAAUACUUUACCCCCCUCCCCUCCUCAUCGUCAUGCACCCACCACAGAGUGGGCCAGAGCUGUGGGGUGAAGAUGGUUGCCUUGGGUCGGUCAGAGUUUGUAUUUGCUGUCUGGAUGAUAAAUUUAAAGGUUUACAUAGGAAAAAGCAGAUCCAAGCUCUCUGUGACCAGGGGCGGUUUUACCCCAGGGUAGCUUGUUACCUGAAGCACCAGAUCCACCCCAGUCCACAAGAUGGAGACAAUCAGCCAACACUAAGACUAUGCCAUUAGCAGCGAGUCUCCUCACAGAGAGGCCUAGCACAAGCCUGAUUCUGGAAUCACUUUAAUCAUUUCUCUGGCUAUUGAGUUGAUAAACUGAUCAUAAAUCAGGAAGGAACUCCACUUAAUGUUCAGCUCAGCCAUACAUCUGUCUUCACUACGUGCCUCUGCGUAACAAGCGUGUAGCCUGUGGUGUACUGUAAACGUGUUGCACAUGUUAGCCAAAUGGGAAAAAAACAAAACAAACAAAAAACAGUGAAAUGGCUGAAAUCCCACAAUGCAUGAUAUCAUCACCAAACCCCUUGUGUUCGAGUCUCCUACAGUUAAUGUGCCAUAGGCUUGUAAUGUUAACACUUGUUGUAAUGUUAGCCAUAGUGGUGCAUUCUGUCCUUGAUCACUGACACUGUAGUCAGCAGCUCACGUGCAUAAUUAAGUAUUUUAAGAGUUGAUCACGCCAUAUGAUUAAUGUCUAACUUUCAUAGGAUCUCCUAUGGAACAUUUCUGAUGUGCCAUGUUAGUAACAAAAUGCAAAAAAAGAAAAAUUAAUCACAAUUUAAUACCAAAUAUGAUUGUCCUCAUGAAGACGCUAUGAUCUUCAGCUUGCUACUCAUAUGAAAUAUAAAGCUCUUAGUCCUCCAGUGUUAAUUACUGGAGACAUUUUUAUUUGGGUGUGAUUUCUCCAAAAAAAAUCAGCUGGUUAAGCUUCAUUUUAUCACUGAGAUGCUUUUGGGAAGUUAGGACUUUUAUAAUGUCCCAAGUAUUAUCAAACCAUAUUCUGUGUAAACUGUUACUCUUUUUUUCCCUCACAAAAGAAAUGAAAGAUUAUUCUGAACUGGCACCUGUGUCAAAUGGAGCCGUGAAGUGUACUUGUUAUGAAGACUAUCAUUGUGAAGCUGCCUAUUAGACCAAUAUGUAUUAAAUGGUAUAAGGUAUGUAUAAUCUGGUACUUGAAUCAUAUAUAUAAAUAUAUAUACUUUGGUACUAGGUGAGGGUGUAAUAAUGACUGAAAUGAAUAACAUGCAUUAAGCUUUAGAGAUGCUUUGUACUGUGUGAGAGCAGCUAAGGAUGCUGGGUAUUGUAGUGGCUCUACAGAUGUGAAGAAAUCAUAGAUCUAGUUUUGGAUCAAAUAUUCUUUUGACAAUUGAAAGGUUAAAAAAGUGACACAUAAAAAAAUAAACAAUAUUUUUCUUAAAAUCA